AGGAGGAAGGCUAUUCUCUAGAAGUCUUCUCUGACUGAAGUAAAAAUAAAAAUCCCAAAAGAGUGAAGGGAGAACAGAUUUUCCGUGGUUUCUUUGUUCCAUGUGCGAUUCCCUGUGGGCUGAAAGAAAGGCGUCAGUGAGCGGACCUUAAUGGUUACUUUCAGUCACACCUGAGGCCAUUGGCUUUUUGUCAGCAGUUGGAGUCUUUGUUGUCUUGUUGGCAUUGCUCUUCCUCUUCAUCAACAAAAAACUGUGCUUUGGAAAAGUCGGUGGACUCAAGUGUCUUGAACUGAAGCGAAAAAAGAAACAAAUACGAGAAAAAGCUGGAAUCCACAGGGGUCUUGCUGAGAACAGAGUAACUGGCAUGUUGACAGAUUAAAAUGUCUGGACCAUUUCACGAUCAAGCAUUCUGCAAUCCAUUGAUUAUGGCUUCUGAAGAACUUCCGAAGAAGGGUCCAUUCACGCAGUCCUUCUCUGAUUGGAUGUCGCAGAUAUCUGAAUCAUUCCAACAAGCUGGGAGCUCCAUUUCCAACAGCUUUCUAAAUCUUCGUCAAGGUGCAUCCAGUCCAAUGUCGAAUUCUGCAGUUUCAACUUCCUCAACAAAUGCAGAGCAAGAUGAUCAGGAACAAGACCGAGCCCUGAAAACUGACUCUGGUUUACAUGCUGAUGAUGAUUCUCUGGGCAAACGUUGCACAGAAAUUGAUUUACAACCGGACACUGAUGCAGCAUUGGAAUCUUCCGAAUACCAAGCUGUUGAAAUGGGGUUGCAUGAUGGUAAAAGCGCAAUUCCUAGACAUCAGCCUGGUGCUUAUGGUUUACAAGAUGAAGACUUUGGACAAGUUACUUCAAUUUCGUACAAUGGGAUAGAUUCAAAAGAUGUAACUGUUAUAAAGGCCAAUAUGUAUAGCAAUGUCAACCAUUAUGACAAUGAAACCCUGAAUGAUCUAACUGCUAUUCCAGAAGAAGCAGAAAACCUCAAUCCUGAAAUCGGAUCUGAUUAUAACUACGCCAAUGUGAAGUGUGAAGCAGAUUGUAACGAAACUGAUGUGAAAUUUCAGGCAGUGAACAGUUAUGGGGAUGAUGAGGAGUUGACUACAUCUGCAGACAGCGAUGAGGAAGUGAUCAAACAGUUUGAAUUCUCUGUGUCGAGGUCCCAGAGUUUCCACUCUACAGUGUCAGACAAGGUGGCGCAGGCGGGUUUAGAGCGUAGGCAGAAAUUUAAUCGUUUACCUUCGAAUCACGAAGAGUACAGCACAGAGGCCUCUGAAGUUGAAGAUACAGAUAAACAACAUCAGUUUAGCAUCCACGAUAAUUGUUCUUAUCAAGAAGAUCAGUUAUCUACGGGUUCAGGCACUGCGUCUGAGAGCAGAACAGGUCAUCAAAAGGCUUCAGAUGAAGCAGCUGGGACUCUGGAUAAGAAUCAUGGGAAACAGCAAACUGAAGAGGGAAGUCCUGAUCAAGGGACCAACUUUGACAAUCAGGCCUAUGAAGGAAAUGACCAAACAGAUAGUUCAUCAGCAUGGAGCCCAGAGGAGACAGAGGGUAAAGCAACAGUUCCUCAGCAACAGGACCCACCUGAGCCAAUUUCCAAAUGUGGAGACCUCGACCUCACAUUCAAUUACAAACCCUCCAGCCACAAACUGGCUGUUACAAUAGUUACAGCUAAAAACAUCCCAGAUAAGGACCGCAGUGGGGCUAACUUAUGGCAGGUUCAUACAGUCCUCCUACCGGGCAAGAAGCAACGUUCCAAAACCAAUGUGCAGCGGGGACCUAUGCCAGUGUUCAAUGAGACUUUUAGGUUUAAUAAGAUGGAGCCAGAGGACCUGCACAAUUAUGCUCUCCGAUUUCGCCUGUACGCGGUGAGGAAGAUGAAUCGAGUGAAAAUGAUGGGGGAGAAGUUGUUUUACCUCAGGAAUCUAAACCAGGAGGGAGAAAUGGAAGUUUCGCUAAUCCUGGAGCCAAGGAGUAACAUGACAAGUGGAGAUUCACAGAUCAGUCUGUCUGCCAUCUCUCACAGUGACAGUGCUUCGUCUACACAAUCACUUUCACACGGUGGAACUCCGGAACUACUCGUUGGAUUAUCUUACAAUGCCACGACAGGAAGACUUUCUGUUGAAGUAAUCAAAGGCAGUCACUUCCGAAACUUGGCUCUGAACAGACCGCCUGGUUAG